AUGGCCGUCGGACUCGGAGAGACUAUCACUGUUAUUAACAAGAGCGGGAAGGUCGUGAGCAGUAGCAAGCACAUUGUCAACGUCUUCAAGGAGGCCAAGGCCGCCUACCGCGAGCGCAAGGCGGAGAUCAAGGCGGAGCGCGAUGCCGCCGUGAAGGAGAAGGAGCUCGCCAAGGGCGUCAAGGCCAUCCGCCUGGACGACGACGACGCCCGCUCCCAGGUCUCGCAUCGCUCCAAGGCGUCCAAAGCCCACACCCAUCGCACCAAGGCCCAUGACCGGCCCGUGAUGGAGCGCGGCUACAGCGACAGCUUCUAUGCCAACGACAGCCCGCGAAGCAGCAAACACCGCUUCGAAGCCGACCUCGCCGGCGACGCACACAACAAGGAGAUUGCGAGGAGGAAUUCCGAUCAGGCCGUCCAGCGCUCGUCGCAGAGCAGCAAGUCGCGAUCCAAGUCAGUCGACAUGGACCUUUGCUACGGCGACGUGCCCCCGCCCCUGCCCGACAAGAAGUACAACGACGUCGAGCUGAAAGAGAAGGCUUCCAAGAUCGAGUUGCUCCUGGACGAGGCCAACUGCUUACAACACACGGCCACGGCUAUGAUCGAGAACCUGCAGAAGAAUCCCGAAGCGCUUGCCGCCGUAUCACUCACGCUCGCCGAGAUCAGCGCCAUCGUCGGCAAGAUGGGACCUGGUGUCCUCAUGACGCUCAAGGGCAGCUUCCCUGCCGUUGCAGCUCUGCUCCUCAGCCCCCAGUUCAUGAUCGCUGGAGGUGUCGCUGUCGGCGUUACCAUUGUCGCACUCGGUGGAUACAAAAUCAUCAAGAAGAUGCAAGUCCAGAAGGAAGUCGACGCACCCCUACCCGAGCCGCAAAUGGCGAUGCCCAUGCGUGCCGCUACCAUGCCCAUCGAAGACUCCAACAACCAGCUCGACGAGCUCGAGCCCCAGGAGCUCAGCCGCGUAGAGCUGUGGCGCCGCGGCAUCGCAGACGUCGAGGCCAACAGCUCCGGCACCAGUGUCGACGGCGAGUUCAUCACGCCCGAAGCCUCCCGCACCCUUUGCGCCGCCGGCGUACUUGACGAAGACGAUCUCAAGUCCCGCCGCAGCACCCGAUCCAAGAAGCACAGCAGCGAAUCAAAACACAAAGAGCACAAAGAGCACAAGCACCGCGCACCGAAGUCCGAAGUCAGCGUCAAGACCAGCAAGACCUCCGACUCAAAACGUCCCUCCAGCAAGGUUGCCUCAAGUAAAGUCGCUUCCAGCAAAGUCGCCUCCAGCAAAUCCGGCAAGGAGAGCAGCAAAGAAAGCAGCAAGACCAAGAAGAAGGAGAAAGAGCCUUCCGGCCUCAAGAUGUUGUUCCGCGCCCACACUGUCGCCGUCUAA